UUGGGACCAUGGCUAUUGACUGGAUUGGUUUUGCAUAUGCUGCAUUGCUGGCUGUUGGAGGUGUUGUAGGAUACACUCGUAAAGGUAGUAGAAUCUCUUUAGCUGCUGGUCUCACCUUUGGUUCUGUGGCUGCUUAUGGAGCUUACUGCGUAACACGUGAUCCGAGAAAUGUGAAGAUAUCAUUGUUCUCAGCUUUUCUUUUGACCAUUAUAAUGGGAAUGAGGUUCAAGAGGUCCAAGAAAUUAAUGCCGGCUGGACUAGUAGCAUGCCUGAGCCUUUUGAUGAUUUUGAGGCUUGUUUUUAUGCUGCUGUAGGAGAAUUUCGCAACUUAAGAACCAAAGUAUGUCUGCCACUCCUACCGAACAAACAGGCAAGCUCUCCAUACUUGAAAGACAAGUUUGAACACAAGUCUUACAUUGCGUGUAUCUUUUCUGUAAAAGAUCUGUACCUGUUACUUGAUUAUUGACAUUUGCUGAUAUUUUGCAAGCUUUUUUUUAAACUAAACUGUUUUGUUGAUGAUAUAUUUUGAUCUACUUCCGUUCAAGCAGUCUGUUAACUCAAGGGA